AUGAGGUGGACGGAAGGUCCGCCGCUCAUCGUCGCGGUCGUGGCGCUUGCAGCGGCGGUCGUCGAGGCACAGAUGAUGCAGCAGCCGCAGUCCGCGCAGAUCAAUCAGAACAUUGGCCAGCAGGACGCUUCUUCACUCUUCACUGGCACUGGCACUAACCUUUACUAUGGUGGUGCGUCACUCGUUUUCUAGUCAUCCAUUCCUAGUUUAAAAAAAAAUACUCCGAAGAAUUUGUGAACGGCGCGUAGCGCAACAGGUGUACUGAUUUUUUUCGCUGGUGUCGCUGGAGCGGUACGAAGGCGUAAGAAGAAGAAGAAAAAGAAGAAUAAUUCGUAAAAGGUGCUUGAUGCAAAAACAUUGCUGACUGAAUUUUUUUUUCAAUGUGUUUAAGUGGGGAGAAAGGGGAGGGGGGGGGCUACGCAAAGGUUUUUAACCGAUCUCGAUGUGUACCCAUUCAAAAAAUUGUUUCCAGUGAAUCUCGUGCCGUUUGGACCAGAAGUUGGCGAUCAUGAAGUUAAUCCUGGUCUUCUGACCGCAGGUCAAACGAUCGACCUUCAUAUGUUUUUUCCCUUUUAUGGAGGGCUGUACAAUUACACUACGGUUUAGUGGAACAAAAGUUAGAAUAAAUGUUGAUUGAUCAUUUUGCUUCAGCUAUCUGUAAAUGGAUACAUCGGUUUCGCGACAGUCCUCGAUCAAGGACCAACGAUCAACGUGGGGCCUGACAUGACCGAUUGGCCUCGGCACGAAGAUCCCGCCAUGAUUGCUCCUUACCUCUGCAAACAGCAGGUGUGGGAACGUCGUUCACUUAGCUGUUGAAAUUGUCCAGUAUCGAAGUGUUUUCUCAAGGGUUACGUAUUGUAUUUUCGGGUAAAAAAAAGAUGAGGUUUUCUGAAUUCGCAAAUUUCCAUUACCCGAAAAUGAGUUAUGCAGAAGUUAAUAGAAAAAUCGUUUGUUUUUUCUAAGAAAAACCCGCUUUUCAAGAUCCCACAAACCUUGAAUCCUGGAAUGAGGUCUGGCGUCUUCUACCGGCUGAUGAUGCGGCAGUCGCUGUUCGGCCGCCAAUCCAACAGCAAUGCCAACCUAGGCGGCACCUAUCAAUCUUCGUUCUUUGGCCAGCCGGCUUCCUUGGUUCCUACCACUUCUCGAAAGACUUUUUCUCAAUGGUACCAUUUCAGGCAUGCCCCGGAACAGCAGAUUCUUAUGUCCGAUGCGACCCCAACGCAGACUAUUUUCUUGACUUGAUGAUGUCGUGGUUGCAAGAAGGCGUCGCAGGAGCGGCUGCAUUUCGCGCCGAUGCUGCUCUCGUCGUCACGUGGUAUAACACGGCGUCAGCCAUUUCUGGACGCUCGGAUAUCGACGCAGGACAAUUGGCAACUUAUCAAGUUGUCUGGCUCACAGACGAGGUACCGAAAUAACUCAAACUUAAGGUUUUGACCUAAAAAAAAGCUACUCAGGCAAAUCCUGGGAAGGUGAAUGUAAGUCAGAAGGUCUUAAAAAGCCCUAGGGAAAGUGUUCCAAAGGUAGCUAGAUGCCUGCAAUAAGCCUUCCAGCAGACUUCUAAACGGUAAGCAGAAGGUGCUGCAAAGGUAUCUGGCUGGAAAGCUUCCAAACACCUUCCGAGCAACCGAAAGCAGAAGCUUUCCAACUUUUACCAUAGAUCUCGACAAGAACUUCAGAUACCUAUUAGCACGGUUUAUCCAAUCAGGCGGAAGAUGUCUGUGCGGCAUAUUGCAAUAGAAGCACGGAAAAAACCAAAUUUCGUGGAUUUAGCGGAUGUAAAAGUAUAUGUAGUGUGUUCAGAUUUUGAAUGUCAAGCAGCUAACUCUGUAGAGCUCUUUUUUAGACGUUUAGUAAUGUAUUUUUUUUACGUUUUGGAAGACCUCUUAACAUUAAAUUCUUUGCUUCAGACCGCCCGGCUCAGUUACGUCAUUUUAAACUACGAUCGUCUCGGUUUUGACGCCGCUGACUUCCGCGCCAAUUCAAGAAGUGGCCGCUGUCAGGUGGCUUUAUUUCUAAACAUUUUUUGAGAAACCUCUUAGUCGACGCCAAACAAAAAAUACGAGCAAAUUAUUAAAUUAGUCACGCUUUGUACGAAGUGAGUAAGAGGUUACGAAAUAGGGGAAGAAAAAAAAAAUGAGUUGGCAACGGCGAAAUGAAACGAGAACGGUGUGAGAAAGUUUUGUAUCCUUCGGUUAGAAAACUUACAUAAACACCGGGAAGUAUUGUACUACCAUGUUAUAUAUGAAGGAAAGUACAAUAGAAGACGUGAUUUGCUAGGCCACACCGAGAAGGUGAAACUCAAGUUCUCUAGAGAACGUACUACGUCUUUUAAAGCCAUACGAGCAGCAUAAAACGGGAUUUGGGUUAAAAAAAGUGUCUUGUAGAACUAUUUAUUGUCGAACGAUCUACAGGGUGACAAAUAAAUAUUGAAACCGUUUUUUGUUUGAUCGCUGCUUUUUGCACGAAGGACUGUCCUUCGAAUUUUUUUGUUUAUUUCGUUCAUUCAUGCUCACUUAUCAUGUGUUUGAAGUUACAGCUCACACUUUUCAGUUUUCAGGUAAUGGUGGCCCCAUCUCCGUACCGUACCGCAAUCAUUGAUUGUGUCAAAAGCGGAAUGACGAAUUCAGAGAUCGUUAAAAAGCUGAAAGUGUCUCGUGUUCUCGUUUUUCGAACUGCACAACGCUAUCGGCGUCUCGGUACUUCAGAUGACAUGCAAAGAAGGGGACGUCCAGUCACCGUCACGACUCCAGAAGCAGUCAAAGCCGUUCGAGAGAAAAUCAAACGCACUCCGGAAAGAAGCGUGAGAAAGAUGUCAAAAGAACACGAAAUGAGUCGAGAAUCGAUGAGAACUAUUGUAAAGGACAAGCUGAAGAUGAAUCCCUACCGUAUGCAGAAAGGAGCCUUCCUCAAUCAAAAAAACAAGACAUUGCGGAUGGAAAAGGCUUGAAAGCUGCUCGCUGGCACGAAAGAUGGCUCGCAUCUGACGACGCUAUUUACCGACGAGAAAAUCUUCACUGUGGAGGCGAACAAGGAGGCCAAAAUCAUUGGAUCAUCGCUACUGACUAUCAGAGUGCCUGUGAAAAAGAAAAAAUUCUGAAUAAAACUUCCGGCUUCCGUGAUGGUUUUUGCCGGAAUUACCGCUGACGGCAAAACUCCGCUGAUUUUUGUGGAUCCUGGAGUCAAAGUGAACAAAGUAUACUACAGGGAGUAGAUUUUGAAGUUGAGGGUGUUGCCCUGGGCCAAUUCUCACUACGGAAACCGACCACGGACCUUCCAACAAGACGGCGCACCGCUCAUCGUGCCAAAGGUACUCAAGAGUGGUGUCGCGCCAAUUUUCCGAGUUAAUCUCGGCUGCUGAUUGGCCUGCUUCCUCGCCCGACCUCAACCCGAUGGACUAUGCCGUGUGGAUAUAUCUGACCGAGAAGGUCUCUUCUAAGAAUUACGCAAGUCUGAAGACCGCGCUCAUCAAGAAAUGGGACGAAAUCGACGACGACUACCUUCGUGCCGUGAUCGAUGCGUAUCCGAAGAGACUGAAGGCCGUUAUCAAAGCUAAAGGAGGACGUUUUGAAAACUAUUCUUGAAUUUUGUUUCUAUAUUGUAUGAAUAAAAUUUGUUCCAAGUUUGGUGGUGUUUGGUUGAUUUUUGAGAAAGUUAUAACGUUUCAAACGCGUUUCAAUAUUUAUUUGUCACCCUGUACUCACGGUCUAGUCAGAAAAUUCACAGAAAUGAGUACUUUUGAAGAAACAUGCGACUUUAGUCUUUCGUCGUUUAAUUUUGAAAUCUGUUUGGGAAGGUACUGAAUGAGCCAGUAUAAAUAAUUAUUAUUGUUAUUUCUUGAGAAACCCCUCAGAUUAUCUGCCCAAGUGAAGCAUGAGUGAUACUGAAGAUCAAAAUUUCGGACAGAAGGUUAUAUAUUAUAAAUAAACGAAAAUUUCUUUAAUGAAAUCUCAAAACAGCACCAGUUGAAUGAGUAAUGAGUCAUGCCUUCAUAGCAAGGUUCAACUGAUACCUCGAGGAGGCUUACAACUCUUCAAAGACCUAGUCUAUUUGUGUGCUUUCCACACUGUGCAAAUAUUAUUUGUGUCUCGUUCUUCAUGGAGAUUCCGAUGCACACAAAUGCACAAAUACGAAUUAAUCGUAUUAUCGGACUCACACUGUCAAAAAGGCGUGAACUCUACCUCGUUUUGAGGCAUUUGGGACCCUUUAUCAUUUAUAUUUGAAUACCGAAACGACUGAAAUUUCACGUUAAGUGGAGACGGAAAAUUUUUUUUUUAAUGAAUUGAAUUUUUUUCAAUCAGUUUUCUGCUAAAUCAGACAAAAGUCACUCAAGUUAUCGCUAAAUGCUCAAAACAUCAAUUUCAUUGACGGUAAGCAUUAAUGCACUAUCAGUGUUUGAGACUGCUGCCGUGACAGUGAUUUCGGAAAAUUUAUGGUUUUCUGUGACUCUCCCAAAUUUUAGUUGUUUCUCUCACGGUUAUUUGAAUACCCCGAAAUUGAUUUGAACAUGUUUCUUCUCUCAAAAAUCGAAAAAAGUUGUUUUUUUUUACAGAUGGGGUUAGUUAAUCCACCUAGUGAUCUUACCAAAAAGAAAAUAAAUCAAUAAAUAUUCUGUUGUUGUUUAGUCAUGAAUGUGAUCGAAUAUGAAAAUGAAAUGAAAUGAUUGAUGGAGAAUUUUUUGUAUUUGACUGAGUUUCAGGCGGUAUUCAAUGGCGGAAAUCACACUGGAAUCGUCCCAGUCGACCCGACGCAGGCCUACAAAAACACACCAAAAGUUUUGGCUCAACGGUCUGGAGUUCCACAAAUGGUUCGAGGACGGUACAUGUUCCGCGUUGACGACGUUGUUCGCCCUGCUGGUUGCUCCAACAAAACCGGCGGAACUUGUUCGUUUUUUCCGAACCUGGACAUCAGUCAGCACAUAAAAAAGCCAAAUUAUUGUGCAGACUAUUUUUCGAGUCAUUGAGACAAACACGAAAUUAUUGUGCCCUUCUUUCUUAAAUUUCAUAGCCGAUUUACGGUUAGCUUGAGACGCUAAAGGGUCGUGGCCUGUCUGCGCUCUCCACCAGUCAGGCACUCUCUUUUAUUAUCGUGUCAGGACCCUUAUUUCGAUAAAUCAAGCCAGCCGUGAAUUGGCUUUAUUUAUUAGGGUUUCUAUUACCAAUUUCACAGACCCGAUGCUGAUCUAUCCGAAUAUCGUUAACAUGUUGGGUGAAAUGACUGUCGAUGUCAACGCGAUCUGCCUCGACCGCUCUCAAACCUACAUCCUUAUGAUUGAACAACGUCAAGUCCUCAUAUUCCGAAAUACAGUGAAAUAAUGAAUUUUGUUUUCAAGACGGCCACUUGUACCGUGUUGACGCCGGCCAUAGCGCGGUGUAAUUUGCCGAAAAUCUACGAUUGGGGAACGAAGACCGUCUACUUCCAGCCGCAAAGUGGUGGAGCCAAUGACGAAAAAGCUUUCGUAGGCUACAUUUAUUUUGGUUAGUUUUGGAUACCCCUCGAAAAAGCUUUUAGAAUCUUUGUAUAUGUUAAAAGGCUUGAGGUAUGAUAUAUCUAAAGUUUGAACUUUCUCAAAACACUGCAUUUUCGUAUUCUGAAACGUUUUUAGUUCUUUUUUUAUUUGUUUCUGAAAUAUUUUGGAUUCACAAGUGUGGCAAGUCUCGAAAUUGUUCGCGGGCGUUUUUAAAAAGCAAAGUUUGUCGAGGUAUCGCGACAAGGGAAUAUUUCUUUAGUAUUAUUCGAAACCAAGUUCUGCGUCUUUGAAACCCAAAUAGAGUUGUUGAUUCAUCUCAGUUCUUCAAAAUACAAAACUUCUAAUUUCAGUACCACCCACACUUGACCCGAUGCGGCUUGACAUUGGAAAUAUUUAUGACUGGUUCAAGAAUCCAAUACCGUAUCAAGUAAUUUUUUAAACCUCUCUUUUUUCCAAUGACUGUCAAUUUUGAAGGUGAUGCCUUUGGUCUGGUAUCCUAGAAACUUUACGAAUCCCGACAUCACAACUCACAUGGAACAAUUGAGAAUGAACGACGAUUCUAUGUACAGUGUGCAGCUGGGCCUCUACGUUAUUGCCUAUCGGGAAUAUAAAGACGAUAAUGUUUGUAACUUUCAAACCUUCAGAGGAAAGGGUUUUCUUUAGAUCAAAAAGUUCCGACCAGAACAUCGUGUUAUUGCUCGGCUAGCCACCUAUUCUAACAGAAACACCUACGAAUACAGAUGGAAGCCUCAAGAGGAACGGAUCAACAUGAAUCAAGUCUAAACUCAGCCGUUCGAACGUUUUGUGAGAAAAACUUUCAAUUUAGGUCGAACAGUGGUAUAUGACGGAUUGGGAGCGGAUGAAUGAGCUGUAUAUGUACCGGUUUGGCUAUUUGAAAUUGGCGCCGAUCAAGCCAAAUCAAGAGCAGAAUCCGCAGAUUCUGUUGUCUGGGUGCGUUGGAAGAGAGUGGCCGCUAAAUCCCGGAUUUUUUCACACUUACGUGAAAUGAAAAUAUUCAUUGAACUAACGUGAAAACGAUAAUUUCCGUUUCUUCUAUGGCUACCUGGAUCUGUGAAAAUUUUUUCUAAAAACGUCAUAUUUCCUAUGAUAACAUUUUUGUGAUUUUUUUUUCACGCAAGAGUGAAAAAGUCCGGAGUCAAUAUUGUUCUAUUCCAAUUGAAAGUAGUUUUUUAUGAGCGAGUUCUAUGCAGUUUCAAAAACUCAAUUAACUUCAACAUUAAUUUUGAAGACUUGUCUCCGCGCCAAUCUCGCUACAUUGGCUUUGGACUAGCAACAAUCCGAAAUUCUCGACCACGACAUAUUCUCAGAACGACGAAUCGGCUCGUGUUGAAUACGUCAAGAAAAAGGCGCUUGAAAUGUGCCACGAUUGGUACGAAUUCAAAGAUUUUUUCAAUUGCAAGCCGUGCUGAAAUUACAUAAUACAUAGUCUGUUCUUUCAUAUUUUUGAGUGCGCGAAAAAAGCGGGCGAAAUGCGAGACAUUUGCGAGCCCGUCAAUGUACCGCGAUGUCGACCUCACCUUUCACGACUCGACGGUUACCUUCAGUGUAAUUGUCAUGUUCUCAAGGUACGACGAAGACGGCGCUCAAUGGAACUUCAUCAGAGAUACUGAAACCAACUCGUCCUGUCCUUGCAUUGAACGACAAGCCAUUGCAGAUAUUGGCCGUUUCAUGCCCCAUCCUCGGUGUUCUCAAGUACCUCACGAUUUUCGAAACAGUUCCUAUGUUUGAAAUUUUUAGGCGUUCCGUGACAUAACCUGUACGACUUCUAUCGGAUCCAGAAACUGUUACAUGUCGUCCCAGAACAUUCUCACUUCUUAUGCUGGCGAUGGACGCACGUUUAAUAGCGAAAAUACGGCGUUAGUUUUUCAGUUCAAUAAAAUAAGUAAUAUUUAAUCAAUGUUUUUUCAUUUAAUAGUAGUUUGAUGAAUUGAUUUCGAAAAUAAACAAGAGAAAUAAAAGAUUCAUUUGAUCAAAACUAUGGAGAAAAUCCCAAGAAGAGUUAUCUAUCCUACCCUUUCAGAUGUGUUUCCUAGCGCUGCGAAUAUAUAAUUACUGGAUAACUUUUCAAAAAAUUAUAUUUAGACUUUUUUAUUCACUCCCUCACAAGUUUUGACUUCAGACGCUUCCCGACCCACUACGGACAAGUUUGUUGCUACGAUGACCAAGGUCACUUGAUGCAGACGAGUUACCAGCCUGUUAUUAAGGUUCAUUAUCGCGAUUUUUUUAAAACCGUUUUUGCUGCCUCUUUUUGCCCAUUCCGCGGUUCUGAAAAAAACCUCAUACCAAAUUGGACUUAAUUUGACCAACUUCGCUUCAAGGCCUUUUUUUUGCUGUCUUUUUUGCAUUUUUGUAGGGCUGCUUUUACGGUGGCCUUUUUUUGUGCUUUUAAAACGUGCCCGUCUCGCGCGGAACUCACUACCAGAAAGCGGCUCCGUUUUUUCUUUUAUCAAUAAUGCAAAUAUAUUUUGUAGGUCACUCCCGAAGUUCCCUACAAUCCUGGGUUCCCGUUGAGAGCCUAUGAGUUCGGAACUCCGCCUUAUAUGGGUCAGUACGAAGUGCCUGGUCUUUCCGCCUUCCACAACGACUACAUGCCCUAUUUUCUGUGCUGUAAGUACGCCGACUUCCGCUGUCAGAUGUUCUACUGGCGACGGCCGAGUUCUGGAUGUCAGGAAUAUCAGCCGCCGGCUUACGGUGAGAUUGGGAUGCAUCCAAAAAAAAAAAAUGAAUAAAUAUUUGCGUUUUUCAAAUCAAAUCAAAUCAUUUUUUUUUGUUUUAGUCAGAUGCAAUCGACUAGGCGGUGAACAAGAAUUUUAGACGCUAUAACGAAAAACCGCCUUUGAAGAACUAGAAGUCCUAGAAUGUAGUCGAAAGUGUUGAGAGCAUGGUCUUGUGGUCUUUAGCUUUGUUCUUCUGCGUGUAGUCUAUCCAGUUGCACCUUGCGGAGCUCAUAAUGUAGCGGAUCUUGUGCUGGAUCCCGGAGACCGUGCUCUAGGUGGAAGCCUCGGAAUAAGAUAAACCGCUUCAAGUGAAGAUUUUAAAAAUAUUUGCUGCAGAACGUCUGUCUUACUUUUAUUCCUUUUGUAUGCGUUCUCCAUCAACUUCUGAUCACAAAAAAUUGGUAAAAUUCAGAAAACCCAAUAAAGAGGUGAUUAUUUCCAAGAAUCGUUUUCCAAGAUUCAAAUUUUCGAAUUUUCGAGCCCCCAAGAUUGGUGCAUAGGUAAAACUGAAAAGUUCCUUUGAGGAUCCUCAAAGGAUCCUGAGAGGGAGAUAAAAAGCUUCCUCUAAAAGCUCCUAAAAUGAUGUAAAAAAGCUUUUGAGCACCUUUUUCAUAGCCUCAGAGGAUCCUUUUUGAAUCCUCUCGCAUAUUUUUAGUUGCUUUCCAGCAUCCUUUUUGUCAGAGGAUGUGAAAAAGACGCAAAAAAGAAUUGAAAUGAUGUAAGAAAGAUCUGCUGGGGACCCUUUCAAGGUCUUUUUUUGAGAAAAGCUUCUGGGGAGCUUUUCAGUUUUGCCCGAGUGUAUGCACAAUUCACGCUCGCGAAUUUUUGCAGGUCAAAAUCUCUAUCCUACCAUCAGAGAGUUUGAGAUGCAAAAAAUAACGAGGGAGAAAACUGAAAAUUUUAUCGGACCUGUUGUUUCAAACUGGUGCUAAAAAAAAUUACUACUGGUUUCCGUUUUUGCAACAAAAAAAAACUAAUCGCUUUCAUUUACGCCAAGCUGUUUAAUAAUUAGUUUUUGACAGUCAAUUGGAGUCGGAAACCCCGAAAGUCAACCGGCAGAAAAAAAAAAGUUUUAAAUAUUUUACAUUCUGUACAUCGUGAUUUCAGGAGAAGUGAUGGGUGCCGGGUCGUUCAACACGAUCGACAACGACAAGUUCAUUUUCAAUGAACCUGGCGUCUACAACUUUUUGUACAUUCCGAAGACGUUCACGACACCAGAGGUGAAAGUGCAGAUCAGGAUGGAACGCUACCCGAACCGUCGCGUUGACUUCAGCAAGUGAUAAGAGCGAAAACGAAACGUUUAGACCAAUUUUCAGGUUUGCUGGGAAGGUAUAUGUCGCAACAAGACUUGGUUCAACCUACCAACGCUACCGUAGUCACAGGAGUUGUCCUGGAAGCGACUGGAACCGACCGAGUGCACGUCUUGUCGCGAAAAGACACGCGUCGCUUCAGAUAUCGUACCUCCAUUAUUGUGGGAAACAUCCUACGGUACUUUGACACGAUGAGAAUUCAAAGGUUCCGAGGUACGCACUGUUUUUCGAGCCUUCUAUUGUUUGUAACACAUAAAUUACAAUCCUCCUGUACAUCAAACACAAACUGUAACGGAGUAAUAAAGAUAUCGGAAAAAAAAACUAAUAGUCCCUCAAAAAUGUUUGGUAGAUAGAGAAAACUUUUUAUGAAAACGGCUGCAAUCAUGAGGCCAAAGGUUGAAUUUCAAGGAGUGAUGAUCUAUGUGAAUAACGUGGAACGAGGCCAACCAGAGAUCUACGUUGUGCUCGAAGAGGCUCAGAUUGGAAUUCGUGUGCGAGAAAGCUACGCAAUCGAUAUCGAUCGAUUGACCGAAUACCAGGAGAGUAUGGGAAUGCUCAACGUCGCCAUUUCUGUUCCGCCGCAGUAUGGAGUGGUAUGGGAACUCUUAAUAGGACAAAAUUCGAAAUGCUGAUAAUUUAGCGGCCUGAUGGAGACAAAACCAGAGAAAUGGAAUACAGACAGAGGUACAAUCUGCCUAGAGUUUCUGGCGUGAUGCGGCCGUUCCCCGACCAAACCUCCAACAGUUAUCUGCAGACUUUGACGUUGAACGAUGUCAAUUCAGAGACCUAUCGCCAACAAAUUAUCAACCUCUGUGAGUUGCAUGGGUAAUGUCCUUAUGGAAAAGGAUCAUUUUUUCACCACAAUCGGCUUUUUAGAGUUUCGGUUUUCAGUUUUUUAAGUUAAAAGCUUUCAGAUCGUGUGCAAGGAUCUGGAGAGCCAGGAAGUGACCAGAACAUCAACGCCGCCGGCAACGGCUAUGGCAUGCCGACGGAAAAUAUGUUCACGACGUCUAGAGACGAAGAUAAAAAGUUUGAAGUUUUCCCGGAGGCUUACAUGAAAAGCGGGCCAAUCUUCAAGACGGCGCCAAAAUACGAAACGUUUGUGGAAAACAAAGGAAGGACCUUUCAAAGCGUGUCUCUUGCAGGGGACAGUACCGCUUUUACCCAAUAACUGGCCAGGCGAUGAACCAACGCUUGCAACAGUGCCGCGACAUGCAACAGUCCAAUACGAGUUCGUGUUGAGUCAGUUUCUGAAAGAAAAAAGUUGUAAUUUUCAGUUAAUCUACAACCGCUGCAAUCUCAACUGACUCUGGAAUUCGGCCAGACGCAGUGUCCAGACAACCCUUCGGCAGUCAUCCAGGACUGUGGCGACUCAGUCUCCUGCCUCUACGACUACUUCACGUUGAAUGCCAAGAUCCUUGGCAUGAACGUCAAAAACGAGUGGAACAUCUUUGGAACCGAGCGAAUGGAUGCGUCAAGGCAUUGUUAGUUUUGAAUGAAACAAAAGAACAGUUCCUCAGCUCUCAACAUAGCCUGGUACGCUUCGGGUUUUUUUUUCAAUUUUCUUUGUGCCUUUUGCUCACUUUUCAGUGUUAAUCCGUGUGAAUGAAACGUCUUUCUUAUUUGAAAAGUUACGAAAUUUUUUUCAAAUGUUUCUUUGACCUAUAAUGAAAAAAAAAAUGCUGAAGUGACUGUAUUUUUUUUAAAAUAAUUCAUUUGAUUUUUACGUUUCUUGCAGACAACAGCUGUGGCGUUAUUAACAUUGAAUAUCCAGAGUAUCUGAUGAAAACUUCAUCCUUGUCCUCGGCUUAUUUGCAGGCUAGUUUUGGGAUUACUCAAGUUUUUUUUUUUCACAAAAUCAGUUUCUAAUAAGGGAUAGAAAGAGAAAAAGUUCAAAAAUCAUCUUCUUACAGGGCGACGUGGCUCGGUUUGAGUGCUUCCAGUCACAUUGGAUCAAAGGAGUUCAUGAAUAUCGAUGUAUGUUUUUUUUUUCAAAUUACAGUUCUAAGCACCACAAAACCACUCAUAAACGGAAAUAAAAUAAGCUUCAUUCGUUUAUUCGACCAAAAGUAAUUGGGGACCUUACAAAAAGCGAAUUUUUUUUUGCCGGCUCAACAUUUUUCACAUAGAUUUCAGUUCAUUUUUUUCUUGCAGGCGGAGUAAUUGUGGAUCGGAACCGGCCGCUAGAGUACCGUUACGAGUGGAACAAGGGCGAGCAGCCAUGGUGCCGGUCAAGAGAAAAGGAGAAUUUUCUCAUUUGGCUGUCGGCAAUCCUUGGCACGAUCGCCAUUAUCAUGGGCAUCGUGUUCAUCUUCCUUUGUUGCUGGUGCCUUAAGCAGAAGAAGAUUUCGGAGAGGCGGCAGAACAACGAUCUCCAAAGCCGAAGCACCUCCCUAAGCCGCCCCAAAUACCCAAUCGUACGUAUCAUAGUUGUCCAAGACAAACUUCCACCCUUUUCGGCUUUUUCGAUCUCAAAAAAUCAAUCGACCAAAGUUUUUUUUUGAAACUUAACCUUUCAAAGUCAAUCGACUGAAUAAAAAAAUUAAAAAAAGCUUUUUUUUUCUUAAUUUUGCAAACCUUUCUCUCACAUUUAAGCCACCUUUAACUUUGAAAAUCUUGGACAUUCUGCCUCAGUGGCCUAAAGGCGAGUCUCAUGAUCUUUUUCUUGAGUAGGUUCGACUCCUAGUUCGCAAAAAAGUUUUGCAUUUUUUUUAAAGACGAAAAUCUUUGCGAACGGCAUAAAAUUGAUGGAAACUCUUUUCUUUUGAUUCAUUUGCUUCUGAAAGAAAAAGAAAUCAUUUUCAGUUCGACCGGAAUUAAACCUACUUAAAAUUUCUGUUAUGAGACUUGCGCUUUAGCUUUGAUAUAUAGUCUGUUCAGAUUUUUAAUUUCAAGUGCAAUGAAGUCAUUCAAAAACAAUCUGUGGAUGGCUCGCUCUUUGAUUGGUUUAUCGCACCAUUAGGGGCGGAGCUUGAGCGACGACUUGACAUUUAAAAUCUGAACAGACUAUACUCAGAAGCCUGUGGGAUUUAGCAGCUAGUCUUUUUUUCCAAGUACUUUCAACUAGGUCUUUAAGGCAUCUAAUUUUCAACUCGAUACUCGUCCUCGAUUUUUCUUACAGUUGAAAUUCCAAAACUCAAAAGUUUUUUUCAAAGAUUGACCGUUUUAAAUUUCAACCCUUCUCGAACCGAAGGAAAAGAAGAAAAAUUGAAUUUGGCUUCAUUAUAUUGAAACUUGAAAUUCUAGGAGGAAUCCGAACCACUCAAUGAGAAGCGAUUUACGUCAUACCCUGAUGACUUCGCCCCACACUCGCGGUAAUUUUUUUUCCGUCAACACGAAAAAGAAUUUUUCGUUUCAGAGAAGAAAAAUACGAUCCCGACUUUCAUGGUCUCAAAACUUCCGUCUGA